AGUAGGGAGUCUCAGUUCAGCGGUAGGGAGUCUACGGAAUGUAUUUAAGUGACCUGUUAAGAAAUGCGCUGUGGCCACGCUUUAAUUUAGGUAAAUUAGGUUGGAGAUACACUUGAGAGGUGUCGCAAAGUAUAAGGAAUUUAAAAAGAAUGUUGUAAUCGUUGGAAUGGAACUAUUGACGAUUCCAGGAGACAUGGAGGUCUUUGGGUCAGUGCUGCACAAAAAUGCGACCGAGUUGACCGUUAUGGACGUUUAUGAUAUUGCCGCUGUUGUAGGCAACGAGUUCGAGCGGAUAAUAGACCAAUACGGGUGCGAGGCGUUAUCGCGGCUGAUGCCCAAAGUGGUGCGUGUUCUGGAGGUUUUGGAAGUGCUUGUCAGUCGCAGCAACAUCAACCCGGAGACCGAGGAGUUGCGGCGCGAGCUGGACAGGUUACGCCUGGAGCGGAAUGAAAGAUUGGAGAAGGAGAAGAAACACCAAAAGGAGCUGGAGCUGGUGGAGGACGUGUGGAGGGGCGAGACCCAGGACCUGUUGUCCCAGAUCGCUCAGCUGCAGGCGGAUAACAAGAGUCUCCUGAUGAGCCUGUCCCACAAAGACUCUCCCGUUACCAAGGAGGAGCUGCAGAAACCGGAAGGAAUGUCAGACAGAGAGCGUCAGGUAAUGAGGAAGUUGAGAGAAGUGGUGGACAAGCAGAGGGACGAUAUCAGAGCCAAGGACCACGAGCUGGCCCUGAAGACAGAGGAUGUGGAAGCGCUCCAGCUGCAGCAGCACCGGCUGAUGAAGAUCAACCAGGACCUGCGGCGCCGCAUCGGGGCCCUGGAGGUCCAGGGCAAGACUGUGAUCCAGCAGAAGGCCGAGCUGGAGGCUCUGACCCAGGCCAGGCAGCAGGAGGUGGGGGCCCUGAGGAGGGAGGUGGAGAGGCUCCGGAAGGAAUGCCUCGGGUGGGAGAUGGAGCGGGAGAGGGAGGAGAAGGUGGAGGCCUCCACGCCGAAGCCGGAGGUGAAGGCGCCCACGGCAGGGUCUGCCACGUCCUUGGUUGCGGCAAAAGCAGCGUCCGUCAUGCAGAAUUCAGUGUGGGUUGAAUGUGGAGGCGAUCGCGAGUUCCUGGCAGAUUGUUGGAAGUCAGAAGACUAUCCUUCGCUCCUUCCAGACUUGACAGACAGGAACACCACUGGGGAGGACAAUUACCAUGACGAGGAGGUGGAAAUGUUGCUAUGGGAGGCGCUGUGUGACGAUCCCGGGGGGGAGUGUGAGGGGCAGGACCGGGCGGAGAGCGACGCGCCUCGCUUCACCCUGCAGGAGCUGAAAGACGUGCUUCAGGAGAGGAACGAGCUGAAAGCCCAGGUGUUCGUGCUGCAGGAAGAACUGGCCUAUUACAAAAGUGAGGACUUGGAGGAGGAAGUGGAGCCUUUUUUUUUUUUUCCAUCACCAGAGCCACAAGCUGCUUUAGUCGACCAGCCAGAGUCAGGAAUCAAACGUCUGAUCUUCACCGCGAUAAUGCCGAUGGUGGCCGCAGGGUUGAUCCAAGACGAUCCCACGUUGAUGCCAAUCAGAAGACUCAUGUCUUUUGUCUGACCGUGAUAUGUUUUUUAUUGACUCGACUUGUUUCUGUGUUCAGUGUCUUGACAUGUGGUUGUCACCCCAGACGUGUAUAUUUCGCUGUUGUGUUGUGCCACGUGCUUUGGAUUUUAGUCGUCAGCCAAACAACGUGAAGUACUUUCCUCUCAUUGUCCUAGUCCGGAUGGGUUCGGUGGUGCGUGGAAGAGUGAAAACAACAUGCGCACACAGAGAAAAAUUAUUGACCGAUGAAUCACAUCUUGAUGCCGGAAUCCCUUGUGCACAACAUGCUCAAGGCUGCUGACAUCCAGGAUUCGCUGAGCUUUCCUUCAAUCCCAGCGUCCCCACAAAGAAAAACGAUUGUGACAGAACUGUCUUCCAGUAUUUCAAUGAACGUUCAACCCCUGAUGCCACGGUACGUCCACCGAUUAAUCAACGAU